UGAAGUUUGUAAAAGAUAAGCUUAACAAAAAAUAAAAAUAUAAAUGGAUUUAUCAAACUGCUCACUAACCUUUUUUACUCCUAAUGCAAAGACUUCCUCAUUACUUUCCACACUAAUACUUUACUCAAACGAUAUCAGUUCUAUUAAUUGGAUCACUUUUCGAGCUCUUACCCUUCUAACUGAGAUAAAUAUGGCCUUUAAUAAAAUUACAUGGAUAGCACUCAACUCAUUCCUUAGUCAGAGUAAAUUAAGGAUUUUGGACUUACAGUAUAACUUGAUUAAUUCCAUUAAAGAGAGAACUUUUUCGGGUCUAUCAAACCUAGAGCAGCUCCAUCUCGGUAAAAAUUAUCUUACAAGUAUUAAAGCAGAAACAUUCAAGGAACUGUCUAUGUUAACUUAUUUAGGACUAAACUUUAAUUAUCUUACUUCUCUGGAUAAAUCUAUGUUUGAUGGACUCUCUUCUUUAAGGGAAUUAGGUCUUUACGCCAACAAAAUUACGUCAAUCCCUAAGGAAACUUUUUCUCAUUUACGAGCACUAGUUUAUUUAGACUUAGGAGAAAACCCCAUAACCCAAAUAAACCCGCGUGCCUUUAGAGAAUCUUUUAAUUUCAAAAAUCUGGGUAUAUCGUUGAAUCAGUCUUUUGUUUGUUCCUCCAGAGUUUACUAUAAUAAUAAAAUUAACUUUGUUGACAGCUAUUGCACUCAUGAAGGUGCAUUAAAGUUAUAUGAAGAUUUUUUUGAAUUAUGUAAAAAACAAAGAGGGUACCAUGAAUUAUUAAAGGGGGAGAGUGAAUUGCUAGAAAUCCUGUAAUAGGCUACUUUAAAAUGUAAUUUUUUUAUAAGAAAAGUCAUAAAAGAACUAUAUAAACA